AUGACUGAAAACAGCGCGGCGAUUCUUGAAGAACUCCGAUCGAUUCGAGAGGAAAACCAAGAAAGUUUCAAAAAGUUGACAGAAGAGAUGGAAGAAAUGAAGAAGAAACAGAGUCUUCAAGUAGAAAUGAUGGAGAGAAUAAUCGAAAAAUUAGAGAAAAUGGCAGUGAAAACUGAAUCAGUUGAUUUGAAAAUCAUGGAGAAAUGGAACGAAUUUCCGCCGGAAAUCAAGAUGGAAUGUAUUAGUCGAAUGGAUUUUGAGACCAGAUUAAACCUUCGACGUACCGCCCAUGCCGAAAGAUCUCUCGUUGAUUCUCGCCCGUAUUCAAUGGAUACUGUCAAUAUGUGUAAUGAUGGAAUUGAAGUGGAAAGUGAAACGAAUUAUUUUCUUCAUGAAACUGACAAAUGUGCUCAUAACAAACGUACAAGCUCAUGUGGAAGCAAACUUCUCGCCUAUAUUCUAAAACAUGGACUUAUCGAACGCCUUUAUGUUUUCUUACCAAGAGAAAAAAUUGAUAAAUGGGUGGAACAACUGAAAAAUAGUCAAAUCGAUACUAUCCGUAAAGCGUCUCAUUUUCCAAUCGGCCAGUAA